AUGAACAACGCGGCCGCGGCCAUGCACGCUGGAGGCGCCGAUACCACGGUGUCGUCCGUCACCGGUCUUGUCCUAGCUAUGACGCUUUCCCCGGUGGUUCUUAAGAAGGCGCGAGAAGAAAUCGAUGAGGUUAUUGGUGUUGACAGGCUGCUACAUGCUGAUGCUCUGGUGAAAAAGAUUUACGAUGGCCGCCUGUUAGACCCCAUCGGUGUGGACGACGGGCCCAUUGUCGUGUCCUCCUUUGCGCUAUCUCCAACAACAAGAAUCCUUGUUUUUCCACUAGUAUCGAGGCAAAUAUCGUAG